UCAGGAUGAGGAGCCUGUUGACCACCCAGAACCAGAACUGUUACAAGGAGCUUAUCAUGAAGGAGGCCUAUACCCGACUGGCCUGGAAAAUGAAAUACAGCCAGGACUACCCCAGCACCUUUGUUAUACGCAGGUCAAAGACUUUGGGCCCUCCAAAACUAUCCACCUGCACUAAAACAAUUUUACCCCCCGUCGUGAAUAACCAGGAGAAGAAGAAAGCAGCGACUGUGGUUAUAGAGCGCUCCCUCAGUGACGCUCCCUUAAUGAGGCCUGUCAGUCCCGAGACCAAACAGGCUCUAUAUCAGGGCUUCUCUAAGGAGGGCAAAGGACGCAGACUGUACCUGCACAAACGUGACCAGAAAGGGCCGGAAGAGAAAUAUGACUACCCACUGCUGUCGUCAUGGGAAUACGGUUGGAGACUAGGUGACUACGAACAUGACUACAAAUCACCCAGUAAUGGAAGGUCACAAAUUGUCAAGAGCACUUUUUAUGCCAGGAACGGAAUUUUUAAUAUCCCUUCGGCAACGGAUCAACUUGGCUAA